AGACAACAACAGAUCGUGAUAGCCUCAUUUCAGUACCGUGUGUUUCCUUUCCUUUGCCGUACGCUUAUUGGUGUACACCUAAUCUUUACCUAAUUAUUACCUAUACCUGGUCCUUCCUACACGCGCAUUCAAGUCUAGUGUAAUGGUGGGCGUUUGGCUUAACAAACACUUGAUUUCCAACUUCUCGUAAUUAUACAUGAUAACCACCCUCUUUAAGAAAAACAAGUUUAUCCACUCAUGAUUGCCAAGAAUAAGUUUCAGGAUAUGUGUUGUUCUGUGACCUAAUUUAGUGAGGUAUGAGUUGAACUUCGAGGUGCAUAUCCUAAUAUCGUUCUUUCUAAAGCCUCUAAGCACUGACAAUGGUUUUCUAUAUGACCUUAUGACCUCAUACUAAACUUAUAAUAUAAUUGUGGCGCAUUUGCUGUCUUUCAGCUGAGCUAGGUAGUAGUACCAAAAAGCCAUCCUUGUUUGAAGUUGAAAUUACAACCAGUACUCAAAUCUCAUACACCUAUCAUAUUUUCAAGAUGGGCAUUGCAGGCUUCCUCUCGCGUGUAAAGAGCGUUAUAAAACCACAAGAUCGGAAAAGAGACCUCCAGGAGGACGAGAAUGUCAAGCUCCCCACAGUAUCAUUAGAGAAAACCGAGUCUACAUCGAGGGCUUCGUCGCAAUCAGGAUCAUGCGCACCGAAAUCGAAUAAAGGACUACGAAAACCUUCGGUUUCGAGCGGACAGUCGUCAAACAGGCUAAGCGCUAAGCAAAGCGUAAGCUCUGAACCCACGGAUUACCUAUAUUUCGGCGAAGGCGUAUCCUCCGCAGAAGUCUCCCAGUCUCUAUCAAGCCAAAGCCAAAGCCAAAGCAAAUCACCUAGCAUCCGACCAGACCAAUCGUCAACGACGACGACGGGAGCUCACAAUAACCCUGCCGCUGGUAGUGGCAAAGAUAAUAGUGGAUUUUUGAAAACGGGGAUGGAUACACAGACAACUCAGAUGGGAUAUUCAAAUCUGACGAAUGGAGGAUCGCUACAGUACGAUUAUGCUGGGACUCAGGCACCGGGCGUAGCAGGUGUCAAUUAAUACAUACAUACGAUAUGAAGAAUGAAUCAAGUUUCCCUGCCCUGUACAUAUUCACUGCCUCGGCUCCAUUUUUAUUUGGUAUCAUACAUACCGGUUUACAUACAUAGACCCUAGCAAAUGUACAUACAUACACUACCUAAGAUAGAUC